AUGUUCGGCGGGGGGACGAGUCGGACGUACGGCGUUAAGUUUCAGGCGAGAUGCAUCGCGGCGCAAGCCGGCGAGAAGCACCACACGCGGUUCCUCGUCGGCACGCUGAGCCUGCGCGAGGAGAAUGAGGUACAUUUGAUCCAGCUGGCAGACGACGGUUCAGAGGUGACGUGUGAGGGGCUGUAUCUGCAUCAGCACGAGAUCUGGGAUCUUGCCACGUGUCCAUUCGACUCAGCGCUGCUUUCCACUGUCUACGCCUCUGCCGGCGAAUACCACGCCGCCAUCUGGCGGAUACCGGACAAGGCCUUUUCGUACGGGACUGGCGCUCCCUCGUUGCAACUGGCCGCGGAGCUCAAGGGACUGGAAGCUCCCGUGAAAAAAGUGCUGUGGUACGGCGGUGACGUGGCGUUGCACAGAGUCAUCACCAUUGAUGAGGAGAUCAUCUGUGCAUGGGAUCUCGCCUCCAGCACUCGAGCAGCGCAGUUCGCCUCGGCGAAGCAGCGGGUGACAGGCAGCGGGCUGCAGAGGCUGCAUACAGGGGCAUGGGACCCACACAACGCAGACACCAUUGCCACCACUGCGGAUACCUCCAUUGCCUGCUGGGAUCUCAGAGCCGCCAUCAAGACGGCGAGCAUAGAGGGAGCGCACCACCUGCAGAUAAGAGACAUAGACUUCAACCCCAACCACCCGCACAUCCUCGCAUCUGCGGGGGACGACUCGCGCAUUCGCCUGUGGGACCUGCGCUCCACCAAGCAAGCCAUUGUGGAGCUUCCAGGCCACUCCCACUGGACGUGCAGCGUCCGCUACAACCGAUUCUACGAUGAGCUUCUGCUGAGCAGCGGCACCGACUCAGCAGUCAACUUGUGGCACGUGCCGUCUGCCUCGGCAGCAGCUGUGGCUGACCACCUGCGUGCCGGACCUAACCCGGCAGGCUCGGGAAGAGCAGCGGCAGCAGCAGCGGGGUAUCCCAGAGGGGGCGUGGACGAGCUGGCAGUCAGCUUCACAGAUUAUGAAGACAGCGUAUAUGGCGUCACAUGGAGCGCCAUCGACCCGUGGGUGUUCGCCUCCCUCUCCUAUGAUGGCCGCGUGGUGGUGGACCUCGUUCCCACUGUUGUUCGCAGCAAAUGCCGCCACUAA